AUGACUGCCUCGCAAGGAGUCUCCCAGGAAGCGGCGAUCGCUGUGCUGGCCAUCCUGGGAGCCAGGGAUCACUACGCGGCCAUCGAUGCGCCGCGCGAUGCUUCCGUGGCCGAGCUGCGGCGCUGCUAUCUCAAGGCCUCCAUCCUGGUCCACCCAGAUAAAAACUGCCACCCGGACUCCACCCGCGCUUUCCAGCGAGUGGCUGCAGCAUGGGCCACCCUCUCCGACGAGGACAAGCGCCGUGCGUACGAUCGCGAGCUCCUGGAAGGUGACCAGAGCGAUGACAUCCACAUGACGCCAGAAGAAGCCUUUGCAGCUUUUGCCUUUGCUGCAGCUUGUGCAGCCAGUGGCACAGGGGGUGCUGGAGCUGCGUUUGGGGAUAUGGCCGAGACACUGCUUUGGGCACAGCAGCUGGGCCAGAUGAAUAGCUGUGGGCAGGGUCUGGCUAUGCCAGUGCCCGGUUUCGGCUUCCCUUCAUCCCCAUAUGCUUCAUGUGCUGCACCAGCAGCUGGGUCUGUGGCUGCAAGCUUUGGUGGCAUCGCUCUCUCCGUUGGUCUUUGGUCUGCGGGUCUGGCCAUCAGCAUUGUUGGUCUGCCGCGCAUCGGUGGCUUCGCUAGGCGCUUGGCGCUGCUGCAGGGCAUCAGCCAGAUGGUCAUCGCUUCGCAGGUGCCCGCUGUCCGCAGUGCUGCAUGCGCAGCUGCAUCGCUGGGAGCGGCCAGGGUGCAGCAAGCAGCAGGAGAUUUUGCGGACCAACAUCCGCGAAUUAGCAACAUCGCCAGCAAGGUCAAAGCUCGCAGCUUCGAGGCUGCAGACUCCCUGCGUCACAUGGUGGACAACCACAUCAGCAUAGACAUGGUUGGUGCAGCUGAGAAGGUGAAGGCCCGCGGCGGCGCGGCGGUGAAAAAGGUUCGUCGGCUCGUCGAUCACAGCUGCGGCGCGUCUGACCUCUGGGCGGGACAAUCCUGCUUGGGAUGGAAUGCCCAGGAGAGCGACAGCGAGGAAGAGGACACGUGGUACGUCCAGAACAUGAGGCUUCGGAGACAGCGCGCCUGGAAGCCUCGAGCAGGGACCUGGGUGAAGCUGUCCAAUCUGCAGAGAGCUCGACACCUGGAAGGCUCCCUGGGCGAGGUUCUUGCUUUUGACCGUGACAGCGGCCGUUACCUGGUGCAGCUUUUCGCUCCCCAGAAUGCACCCAUCUUCCAUGGCGGCUGUCCAGAGCCACCAAUCGUCUCCAAACUGGUGCUGUUGCAGAACCUGUGCCCUGCCUUCGACCGAUCCUCCAAGCCGCCGGGCAGCGAAGCUCACUUCAUCUGA